AUGAUUCAGUUGUCCGAGACUGAGUUAAGUCGUCUCGGCAAAGCAUUUAGGGGGGUGACAGAAUAUAUCCUCAGGCGCAUCCUAGUUAAUAUCGAAGGGGUACGGCUCGUCGACCGGAUAGCGUGUUCAGGUUCUUAUGAACAAGACAGUGAAGCUCUGGCGACUAGAACUUCUCCGAUUCUCGCCGAGGACUGGCGCGAUAUUUGCUCACGGGAUUACUACCCUAUGUGCAAUGUCAACGCUGACAUCUGCGAUGAUACCCCUUCCGACUCCAGGGCUACGAACGAGACGAAUCCUCUUACUUUGUUUUCAAAUGAACAGUCCAUGAAACUCGACGGCGUUGAGCUCAUCGAGGAGGAUACUUUAGAUCUGCGAAAAUAUCGCUUCUGGAUCACUGAAGAAGGAGAAUAUCAUCAAGCUGUCCAGAAAUCCAAUGAGGUUAGCCAAAGAUUCGGAGUUUUUACACUUCUGGAGAAAGACAUGCGUCAAGAAAACAUAAAGGCACCGAGUCCAACGAACAAAGUAAGAUCCAAAAAGAAAUGCUCCGCCAAAGACGCUGUUUCUCUGGUUAUCGAAGAAGUCCAAACAAUUGAACAAUUUACCCACGAUGCUGUACCUCGUGAACCUUCCAAAGACAAUGGACUCGAAGACCAUAUUUCACAGGAUGAACAGUUCUUUCUUGCGCUUUCUCGGUGGAAGCAGAAGCAGCCUGGCCUUCGCACAACCUAUGACUGGAAGUCCAUACAUACUCCCGACUGUCCAAUGGUGAAACGGGUGAAACACUGCCAAGCCAACGUGUGA